GAUUGCUGGGAGAGAGGGUCACAAUCCAAAAGAGGGAAGGAACACUCAAUUACCCUCUCUUGUGUAAACAGACACUGGGACUGGACUAAUACGACAUGAUCCUGAGAAGGCUUAAAGAAUAAGCUGCAGUUAAUGGAGAUAUUCAGAGGAAUUGUGUUGAGAUUACAGACAAGUUUAAUCAUGACAGUCUCUGAAGAAUUGGGGAAUAUAAUAUAUAAAAUGGCCACAGAAGGAUUUCUCUCACUGCAACAGGGUUAAAAGCUUCACUUUAACUGUUUUGCUCAAGACAAUAAUCACAAUGAGAAAAGCUGAAUUGCUGAAGACAAACUCUAGUCCCGAACAGUACCCCGUCACGGAGCAGUACCCCGUCGAAGCUCCACCUGUGUUCCUCCGAAAGCUGAAGUGGGCUGCUGUUGCGGGAGGUUGUGAUGUCCGGCUGAGGGUGUCUGUGGGAGGAAGCCCGAGACCGACACUGCAUUGGUACCAUAAUGAUGAACCUCUGAUAAAUGAGGAUUAUGAUGGCUUGUGGAUACGAGAUUGUAAGGAGAGUGAUGGAGGCCUGUACACCUGUGUGGCUGUUAAUCACCUGGGUGAAGCUAGAACCAGCGCUGUUCUUGCUGUGCUGGACCUUGGCGAAGACUCAAACAGUACAGAAGAUGAAAGCGCAGAGCCUCAGGUCUCCAUGGAGAUGAAGGAACAGUUCAUGCCUCCUCAGGGGGAAGCAAUCAACAGUCAACCGACAGGCAGGGGGAGAGCAAUGCUUUCCCAUAUCCCAAGUGAUGGUCUAGUAGUGGAGAGGGAAAUGCAAACCCUGGGCUCUAGAGCGCCUGGUCUUGAGGAUCCCUUGUCACCUGGAAGGCAAGCAAAUGCUGGGUGUGUUGAGAGCCCUCCGGUCAGACACCUGGGGAUUGAAGCUCUUGCGCGGGCCUCACAAAUAAGUGUGUACUACGUGGCAGUGGGGUCAGAGGAGAGUAUGUCCUUAGCCAGUGACUACUACGGCAGUGUUUUGAGCCUCUAUCGAAGAAGGACCUUUUCCAUUUACAGUGUUCAGGAAUGAGUGCUGGCACGCUGGAUAUAAAAAGGCACAAAAUAACUUAAAUUGGGGGGGCACAAACAUUUUUUUUAAAUAUAGUUUACAACAGAUCUAAAGGAACAUUUUAAAAACAAUUUCCAUUACCUUAUUCUUCAUUUAUUGUGGCCAUUUUAUGUGUUUUCUUGAUUUCCACUUUCCUUUGACUCCACUUGCAUCAUGUUUUGAUAUGCUGUGAUAAUGUUUGCCAUGGCUUUUUUUGAACAAACAUGUUUUGUAUUCGAAUUGAAUUGAAGUUUUUCAGUGCAUGCUGUGUUUGACCAUUUUGAUUGCUUUCCCUUUUGCCAUUUUAUUAUUUUUACUUUGUCAUAACACAACAUUUCCCACAAUCACCCUCAUUUCAGGGGCCAAUUGGACUUUAUAACAAGGGAAGCUUCUCCAUUUGUCCAAACCCAGCCAUUCCAAAAAGCCCUAAGUGGUGCCCACAAUGGCACUAAAACAGCCAUGAAUGGAGCUGAACUCCCUGUUAAGAUUUCAAAAAUC